CGGUCGCAAAUAACUAACGAAGCAACCACUUUUCCAACUGAGGAUUUAGGAAGCUCAAAAAAUCGUUUCUGCCAAGAGGUUGUCAUUGUCCAAAACUGUGUGGAAUGAAUGUGAAUGUAUUUUAACUCAGUAGGAACAUAGAUAGUGAAAGAAAUUCAGGAUGGCUAUCAGUGAUACCGAACGGGAAUUUCAUUAGUUGCAAUAAUUAUCUACUAUUCCAUAAAAUUUCCAGAUAUUAAUGUGGGAAAGCAUAUUACGUGUAUUAUAAAAAAAUCAAAAUGCCGAUUUGUGAACAGGUUUGUUCCUGUUGUGCUGGAAAUGACGAUUCUACAAACGAAAGAAUGUCCCUUCUCAAUAGUACAAGCAGUGUUAGUAGUAUCCAUAGAAGGACAACUGAUAUUCAAGACUUUCCUAACAAAGAUUACGAGAGUUUGAACUAUGACAGAUUCUGUAACAAGCCUUAUUUAGAAUAUCAAGAAAAGUUUGAAAAAGAAAAUCCAGUAGCCGGUGGUUCUGGAAUACCCGAGAUUAAAUGUUAUUUAAAUGGUAUCUGUGUUCCACGUAUUGCCAGAUUUCACACAUUAGUGGCCAAGUCUGUUGGCGUGUUGUUCAGUGUGGCUGGAGGACUAUUUGUGGGUAAAGAAGGACCGAUGAUUCAUAGUGGUGCUAUAAUUGGUUCUGGAAUACCACAGCUUAGAAGUAUAACGUGUCCAAAAUUGAAAACCAAGUACAAUUUCUUCAGAUGUGAUAGAGAUAAAAGAGAUUUUGUAUCCGGAGGAGCAGCAGCCGGUGUAGCAGCUGCUUUCGGAGCUCCAAUUGGGGGAGUUUUAUUUAGUUUAGAGGAGGGUUCGUCAUUUUGGAAUCAGAAACUAACAUGGCGAACUUUUUUCUGUUCCAUGGCGGCAACCUUUUCUUUGAAUUUUUUCCUGUCUGGUAUAAAGUCAUGUAGUUGGGGAUAUUUUUAUCUGCCAGGUCUGAUCGACUUUGGUACAUUUAGGUGUCAGAGUGAAGAAUCGGAGAUUUGUGACUUAUGGAGUGCUGUAGACUUAUUAAUAUUUAUUAUAAUGGGACUGGUUGGUGGUGGACUUGGUGCCAUAUUCAAUACCCUCAAUAAAUCCCUGUCCAGACAUCGACUUCUUCACGUUCAACGUAAACACAAAAUCUUCAGAUUACUGGAAGCUAUGUUGGUGGCUAUGGUUACCACCACGUUAACGUUUCUAGCUGCUAUGACUCUUGGAGAAUGUCGUAAACUGCCUGAAGAGCCUGUAGUGCUGAACAGUACAAAGGAGGUAAUCACCAAUGUAAGAACAUAUUUCUGUGCAGAUGGUUAUUAUAAUGACAUGGCCACACUUUUCUUCAACCCACAAGAGGUAGCAAUAAAACAACUCUUUCAUCAACCUGCUCGGUUUGGGAUGCCAUCGCUUGCCAUCUUCUUCAUGUUAUUUUUCUUUCUGGCUUGCUGGACGUACGGUGUGGCAGUACCCAGUGGAUUGUUUGUACCGUCAUUACUGUGUGGUGCAGCUUACGGAAGAUUUGUUGCAUUAGUCUUAAAGAGUGUAUUUGGCUAUGAGAGUGUCUAUUCUGGAACAUACGCCCUGGUUGGGGCUGCAGCGUUUCUAGGUGGUGUGGCUAAUUCAUGCACCACUAGGCUAGAGUCGCUUAAGCUUAAUACUACCUGUAUCAAUAUUGUAUCCUAUCCUAAACAUGAAGAUAGCUUGCCGGGCAAGGUAGCAAAAUGGUCCGGAGAUUUGUUCAAUGAAGGCUUAUACGAUAUCCAUAUAAAGUUAAAAAGUGUUCCCUUACUAGAAUGGGAUGUUCCGCCGCAUACAUACAGAAUGAAAGCAAUGGUCAUCAUGAGUAAAGAUUUAAAAGUUGUCUUCUUACAUACAAGAGUUGCUUCCCUUGUACAGUUGCUGAAAACCACAGCUCACAAUGUUUUUCCAGUUGUAACCACCGCAUGUCAACUUCAAGAAUCGGGAAUAUUAGGAGAAGAGUUUGGAACAUCGCCUUUAACCGGCGAAAGAAGUUUUGAAAUGGUAACCAAGAAUCAACCAAUGAAAUUUGAAGGACUGAUUCUAAGAUCUCAUAUUGUUAUCCUAUUGAAAAAACGCAUCUGGUUUAAAGAAGGAAUAUCGUUGCCUUUCGAUAUGGCACAACUUGUCAAGAACAAAAACAAAAAAGCGCUACGAAACUCAAAACCUUCUUUCCCCGAAAUGAUAAAAUAUAAUAUAAAAAAAAUGACCGGUAUCUGGGAUGAUCAGGCUCUAGUGCAUGCAAGGCGACAACAGCUCGACAGAUCUAGAGAAAAGCUUCUUCGGUUUAACCUUUAUUACAAUGUAGAUGAACAUCCAGAAGAAUUAUCAUAUACUAAGAGUUACAAACGUUAUUUAAAUGCAGCAAAGCUACAUUAG